CGUGUAGGAGCCCCUCGGGGGCGCCGCGGUGCCCGACGGCCGCACACGGCAGGCCUGCCAUCCUUCAGAAAAAGCAUCCUGAGGAGGAGAAUCAAGUGUCACACAUCUUAAAGUGGAGGUUCAGGCCAGCUACCUUUCAGAAAAGGAUCUCCCGGAGGAAGAACAUUGUUACACACUGUAAAAUAAAGGUUCAGCUCUGACCUCCUGGAUCCCACAUCUUCUAUAGAGGAAAUUCAAAGAGGACUGAUCCCAAUUCCUAAAUUCUAAAACGAUGGCCCACGGCUUAGUGACAUUCUCAGAUGUAGCCAUAGACUUCUCUCAGGAGGAGUGGGCCUGCCUGGACUCCACGCAGAGGGACCUCUACUGGGACGUGAUGCUGGAGAACUACAGUAACUUGGUCUCCCUGGAUUUGGAAUCCGCAUAUGAGGCUAAGUGUUUAGAAAAGAACAUUUGUGAAAUCAAUUUUUCCAAAAGGAAUUCAGAUGGAAAACGUAAAUCCCUGGGCCUUACCUGGAUGUGUGAGGGUGCGGUGGGAAGACCACCGCGUGCUCGAGAGGGCUGUUCGAAUCAAGCGACAAGUGGCUCUAGAAAAACACCUGCCAACAAGGACAGCACGCCGCCUCGGCCUCAGCAGAGGCUCCCUAGCAGGGAGAGCUCGUUCGAGUGUAAGGAGUGCGGGAAGGCCUUCAGCCGUGGCUACCAGCUCAGUCAGCACCAGAAGAUCCACACCGGCGAGAAGCCCUACGAAUGCAAAGACUGUAAGAAGGCCUUCCGCUGGGGUAACCAGCUGACUCAGCACCAGAAAAUCCACACGGGCGAGAAGCCCUACGAAUGCAAAGACUGCGGGAAGGCCUUCCGCUGGGGCUCGAGCCUGGUCAUCCAUAAGAGGAUCCACACGGGCGAGAAGCCCUACGAAUGCAAAGACUGCGGGAAGGCCUUCCGGCGCGGCGACGAGCUCACUCAGCACCAGCGCUUCCACACCGGGGAGAAGGACUACGAGUGCAAGGACUGCGGCAAGACCUUCAGCCGCGUGUACAAGCUCAUCCAGCACAAGAGGAUCCACAGUGGGGAGAAGCCCUACGAGUGCAAGGACUGCGGGAAGGCCUUCAUCUGCGGGUCAAGCCUCAUCCAGCACAAGAGAGUCCACACAGGCGAGAAGCCCUACGAGUGUCAGGAGUGUGGGAAGGCCUUCACCCGCGUCAAUUACCUUACUCAGCACCAGAAGAUCCACACCGGGGAGAAGCCCCACGAGUGUAAGGAGUGCGGGAAGGCCUUCCGCUGGGGCUCCAGCCUUGUUAAGCACGAGCGAAUUCACACGGGCGAGAAGCCGUAUAAGUGCACGGAGUGUGGGAAGGCCUUCAACUGUGGCUACCACCUCACCCAGCACGAGCGAAUCCACACGGGCGAGACGCCUUACAAGUGUAAGGAGUGUGGGAAGGCGUUUAUUUACGGGUCCAGCCUUGUUAAACACGAGAGGAUUCACACAGGGGAGAAGCCCUAUGGCUGUAAAGAGUGCGGGAAGUCCUUUAGUCACGGCCACCAGCUCACACAGCACCAGAAAACUCACGCUGGCAUGAAAGCUCACGAGUGCAAGGAGUGUGGGGAGGCAUAUAGUCAUACGAGCCACCUCAGAGAGCACCAGCAAAUCCACGAUAGGCAGGCAGCAGCCCAGAAGGUGUUCGCCUGCAUACACCUGACCAAAGACUCACAGGAACCAGGAAGAGUCCCUCAGAGAAUUUGUAGGAGAAGUUUCAGUUUGUGGUUAAGGUUGUUACUGUUUUCUUUUAAAGAAAACAAAAUUUGUUAUUUUUUUCCAGAUUUGGAAUCCGCAUAUGAGGCUAAGUGUUUAGAAAAGAACAUUUGUGAAAUCAAUUUUUCCAAAAGGAAUUCAGAUGGAAAACGUAAAUCCCUGGGCCUUACCUGGAUGUGUGAGGGUGCGGUGGGAAGACCACCGCGUGCUCGAGAGGGCUGUUCGAAUCAAGCGACAAGUGGCUCUAGAAAAACACCUGCCAACAAGGACAGCACGCCGCCUCGGCCUCAGCAGAGGCUCCCUAGCAGGGAGAGCUCGUUCGAGUGUAAGGAGUGCGGGAAGGCCUUCAGCCGUGGCUACCAGCUCAGUCAGCACCAGAAGAUCCACACCGGCGAGAAGCCCUACGAAUGCAAAGACUGUAAGAAGGCCUUCCGCUGGGGUAACCAGCUGACUCAGCACCAGAAAAUCCACACGGGCGAGAAGCCCUACGAAUGCAAAGACUGCGGGAAGGCCUUCCGGCGCGGCGACGAGCUCACUCAGCACCAGCGCUUCCACACCGGGGAGAAGGACUACGAGUGCAAGGACUGCGGCAAGACCUUCAGCCGCGUGUACAAGCUCAUCCAGCACAAGAGGAUCCACAGUGGGGAGAAGCCCUACGAGUGCAAGGACUGCGGGAAGGCCUUCAUCUGCGGGUCAAGCCUCAUCCAGCACAAGAGAGUCCACACAGGCGAGAAGCCCUACGAGUGUCAGGAGUGUGGGAAGGCCUUCACCCGCGUCAAUUACCUUACUCAGCACCAGAAGAUCCACACCGGGGAGAAGCCCCACGAGUGUAAGGAGUGCGGGAAGGCCUUCCGCUGGGGCUCCAGCCUUGUUAAGCACGAGCGAAUUCACACGGGCGAGAAGCCGUAUAAGUGCACGGAGUGUGGGAAGGCCUUCAACUGUGGCUACCACCUCACCCAGCACGAGCGAAUCCACACGGGCGAGACGCCUUACAAGUGUAAGGAGUGUGGGAAGGCGUUUAUUUACGGGUCCAGCCUUGUUAAACACGAGAGGAUUCACACAGGGGAGAAGCCCUAUGGCUGUAAAGAGUGCGGGAAGUCCUUUAGUCACGGCCACCAGCUCACACAGCACCAGAAAACUCACGCUGGCAUGAAAGCUCACGAGUGCAAGGAGUGUGGGGAGGCAUAUAGUCAUACGAGCCACCUCAGAGAGCACCAGCAAAUCCACGAUAGCUGAGGCACCAACGCCGCAGUGGCGUGUGCGAAGGCCUCUGCACGACAGUC